AUGGCUCACGCAGCACCAGCCGGCUAUGGCACCACUCUGCUGGUGGUGACUUGGGUCGAGGCCGCCAUCGCCUUCCUGCUGCUGCUGGCUCGCGUGUACACGACCUGGCGGAUUACUCGACAUGUUCGCAGUGAUCUGUUCUUGGCUCUGCUGACAUUUGCUGUCGCCAUGGCAAGCACGAUAUUCCUCACGGUCAGCAUCGGCUACGGACUCGGCGAACACGUAGCUGCGGAUGCCCUGCUACCCGAACAGAUCAGCGCAGCCAUAAAAUGGAGUUGGAUCAACCAGGCCCUGGGAAUUUUUGCGAUCGCGCUGGGUAAGCUAGCCAUUGUCGCCUUUCUUCAACAGAUCCACGGACCUGAACACCGAGGGCGAGUCUUGAUGCUAUGGGGCGUAGCCAUCAGCAACCUAUUGAUCAACUCAAUCACCAUCGGCAUGAUCUACACUCAGUGCUCCCCUCGAGAGAAACUAUGGAACGAUGCAAUUUCGGGAUCGUGCGAUGGGCGACGGCGAAACCAAACCACCGCGUACUUCCAAGGAAGCUGGUCGGCCUUUUGUGAUCUCAUUCUCGCUCUGUACCCCGUGGCUUUCUUCUGGAAAGUGCGACUCAGCAUGCGCAUCAAAGUCGGUCUAUGUCUCCUGAUGGGACUGGGCAUCAUUGCCUGUGCUUGCUCGAUUGUAAAGACCACAUAUCUGCGAGUACUCUCUCAGACUCAAGAUGUUACGUACUACAUCGCGCAGCUGGUGACAUGGAACGAAACGGAGAAAUGGGUUGUUUUAAUAGUCGGGUGUAUUCCGCCUAUUCGUCCUCUGUUGAUGGUCCUCUUCCACAAAGUUGUCUCCUCUGUACGCUCCUCUCCCGGACAUAAUAAGCACUACAAGGAGACCGAGCUGCACUCCUACUCUCAAGUAUCCAGUCCAGCCGUUGGCUCACGAUCCGACACUGCACGACUUCCAAGCGUGCUAUUCGCAAAACGCAGCGAAGACAACGCUCUGGAAGAGGGAGCCAUAAUGAGAACCACUGAUAUCAUUUUGAGCUACGAGGUUGCACAUCAGCUCCUCGCACACCGCGCGCACCAAGCGACAACCGACUAG